GCUCAGUACUUCUGUACCGCUCAUCCCGCUAAUUUCAUUAAAAAUCAUUGAAAAAAAACAACCGCCUAAAAAGCCAAUUAACCAAUGAUCAUCGUGCAUCUAAUUCAGCGUAAGUGAACGAAUGAAAAGAAAAAUUCCAGUGAAGGCUUUGCAGUGUCAACCAGUGCAUAAACCAGUGAUUUUCAACCCCGAGGAUUUUGUAAUAACUUUUAUAAAUCUCCAUCACUCUUCAUAACGUUUUAGAACAGUGUAUAAUUAGUUUUGAUAGUGACUAGAACUGUAUUGAUUGAGGAUAAAAAUCGAGAGAUUAGAGGAGAGAGUGGGGUGUGUUUUGGAGUGGUCCAUCGUCUUCGGCGGUUGUGGAAUGUUUGAUUGCAAUGUGAAUGGAAGUGAGGACUAAAUCGACAUUUGGCAACGCCUGCAACGACGAUCCCUCACUCGAUGGGUCUAUCCCCGUCAUGGAUACCACGUUGAUUCGUCGUAACACAGGAUAAAGGCAAUUUGAGCGAGUUUAGGUUGCCUCGAGAUAGAACUACUAUAAGCAUCUCCGUCGCAUGUCCGCGACGGGACGCCAUCGCAAGAGGAACAGAGAGAAAGGGAGAUUCUGGGGGAUAAUAUUGGAUUGUGGAUUUCCCGGGUCUCACCAUUUCUUACAUCUUCUCUAAUUUAACUGAUUUUAUCGAUGAUUUGUCAAACGAUGCGGCGAUUUUUAUAUCUGUUGGGUACGUGACAGUAGUGGACCCAGUUUAUCCUGACAUUUGUUGACUCGAGUGGUUCCAUAGGGGAGUGAGUGGAGUUAUCACUCCAAUCCUGCUGUGAUAAUAAUUUUUUGGAUAUUAUUGUUAGAUGUUGAUUAUUGGUUACUUAGGAACGUACGGCGGUGCAAUUUCUUUUAAGUUUCAAUCGUGAUAGAUCUGUGGUGCAAUAUUUCCCGGGAGGAUUAAGGUGGUCUGUGCUGUGUGAAGUGGAUAUCGAGAUAUUUUUUAACGAAGUAUUCAGGAUACAGUGCUCGGAGGUAUUGUUUGUUGGGGAGAUUUCAGUGAUUGAUACUACGGGAAUGGAGUGUGCUAGUGAAUAUUAUAGCGAAAUAUGAGGACUACGCCCUUGGGAUUAUCGUGCAACACGAAUUUUUGUGAAAAUGAUGCUCACGAGGGUGUUAUUGGUGGUUUUGCUCGCUGCAGGCUCCAGAUGCAUGUGCACAAACGGAUACACCGGCCAGAACUGCGAGAGCAAGUACAUACCCUGUGAUCCGUCGCCAUGUUUGAAUGGAGGAUCUUGUAGCCAGUUGUCUCCACUCACGUACGAGUGCCACUGUCCUGAGGGUUUCGAAGGAAAGGACUGUGAAGUGAACUCUGACGACUGUCAUGGCAAUCUCUGUCAAAAUGGUGCGACCUGCAUGGACAGAAUCAACGAGUACUCUUGUCUGUGUCCACCAGCUUUCACGGGUCCUUAUUGCGAGCUAGAUGUGGACGAGUGCUCAUUGAGACCGUCUCUCUGCCACAAUGGUGCAACAUGUACAAACUCACAUGGUAGCUAUUCCUGCAUCUGUGUCAAUGGCUGGACAGGACCCGACUGCAGUGUCAACAUCGAUGACUGCGCUGGUGCUGCUUGUUUCAACGGUGCAACGUGCAUCGACCGAGUUGGCAGUUUCUACUGUCAAUGCACCUAUGGAAAAACAGGUCUUCUCUGCCAUUUGGAUGACGCUUGCACGUCGAAUCCGUGUCAUCAGGGUGCAAUAUGCGACACCAGUCCCAUAAACGGAUCAUUCACGUGCUCCUGUGCCAGCGGCUACAAGGGCCUCGACUGCUCUGAGGACAUUGAUGAGUGCGAACAAGGGUCGCCUUGUGAGCACGAUGGAAUUUGCGUCAAUACCCCUGGGUCUUUCGCUUGCAAUUGUACGCAAGGGUUCACUGGACCGAGGUGUGAGACUAAUGUCAACGAGUGCGAGAGUCAUCCCUGUCAGAAUGAUGGAUCCUGUCUCGAUGAUCCGGGGACCUUUCGAUGUGUCUGCAUGCCAGGGUACACCGGAACCCAAUGUGAAAUAGACAUAGACGAAUGCGCAGCAAAUCCCUGUCUGAACAAUGGUCGUUGCACAGACCUCGUAAAUUUAUUCAAGUGUGAGUGUGCCAAAGGCUUUGCCGGUACGCACUGCCAGAUAAAUAUUGAUGACUGUGCAUCAUCUCCGUGCAAAAAUGGUGGCACAUGUCAGGAUUCAAUAGCCAAGUACACGUGCGAAUGCCCACCAGGUUUCACUGGUGCAUCGUGCGAGACAAAUAUCAACGACUGCCAGUCAAAUCCCUGUCACAGUGGCACGUGCAUCGAUGGCGAGAACUCCUUCACCUGCAGUUGUUUCCCAGGUUUCACCGGGAAACUGUGUCAAACCCAGAUUGACGAGUGCGAGAGCAAUCCCUGCCAAUUUGGAGGUCGUUGCGAGGACAGAAUCAAUGGGUAUCAGUGCAUAUGCAGACCAGGAACCUCUGGAACCAACUGCGAUAUCAAUGUCAAUGAGUGCUACAGCAAUCCCUGCAGAAAUGGUGCACGCUGUGUGGAUGGCAUCAACAGGUACUCUUGUGAAUGUGAGCCAGGUUUCACCGGUCAGCAUUGCGAGACAGACAUAAACGAGUGCUCGAGCAACCCCUGCGCCAACGGUGGUCGUUGCAUCGAUCUGAUAAAUGACUACCGUUGCGAAUGCCCACGUGGAUACUACGACGCACGUUGCCUCAGCGACGUGGACGAGUGUGCUAGCAAUCCGUGUACAAACGGAGGUCGUUGUGAAGACGGUGUAAACCAAUUCAUCUGCCACUGCCUCCCAGGAUAUGGUGGUAAACGCUGUGACGUGGACAUCGACGAGUGCGGCUCAAAUCCCUGCCAACACGGAGGUCUCUGCAUAGAUCACCUGAAUGACUACAGUUGCCAGUGCCUAGCGGGUUACUCGGGCACCAACUGCGAGACAAACAUCGACGAUUGUGCUACAAAUCCUUGCCAAAACGGCGGCUCGUGCAUCGACCUGGUGAACGAUUAUAAAUGUGUCUGCGAGCUUCCACACACCGGACGCAACUGCGAGGACAAACUGGAUCCCUGCUCACCGAACAAGUGUUUGCACGGUGCAAAGUGCUCUCCAUCCUCAAACUUCCUGGAUUUCGCGUGCACCUGCACAGUUGGCUACACCGGGCGUCUCUGCGACGAGGACGUCGACGAGUGUAUAAUGACAUCGCCCUGCCGAAAUGGUGCGACCUGCAGGAACACAAAUGGUUCUUACCACUGCGCCUGUGCCAAGGGCUACGAGGGCAGGGAUUGCAUAAUAAACACCGAUGACUGCGCCUCAUUUCCCUGUCAAAACGGUGGCACCUGUCUGGAUGGCAUUGGGGACUACACAUGCCUCUGCGUCGAUGGAUUCAGUGGCAAACACUGUGGCAUCGACGUCGACGAAUGCCAAUCGUCACCCUGUCAAAACGGUGCCGUUUGUAAUCAAUACGUCAACUCCUACACCUGCACCUGUCAAUUGGGAUUUUCGGGGAUCAAUUGUCAGACCAACGAUGAGGAUUGCACCGAGAGCUCUUGCAUGAAUGGAGGAAAGUGCAUCGAUGGAAUCAAUAAUUACACGUGUGUAUGCCAGCCAGGGUACACUGGAUCGAACUGUCAAUAUAGGAUCAACGAGUGUGACAGCUCACCCUGUGCUAAUGGGGCCACAUGCCACGACGAUGUCAAUCAGCACUACACUUGUCACUGCCCUUAUGGAUACACUGGACAGAGGUGUGAUAUUUUCGUCGAUUGGUGUGCUGAUAAGCCCUGCGAGAAUGGAGCCACAUGUGUUCAGCAUAAGAACAAGUAUCACUGCAACUGCUCACCCGGAUGGACUGGAAAGGUUUGCGAUGUGGAGAUGGUGUCCUGUAAGGAUGCAGCAAUACGUAAGAAUGUCCCGGAGAACUAUCUCUGUAAUAAUGGAACCUGUGAGGACAUUGGGAAUAGUCACAGGUGUCACUGCCUCGAGGGAUACACCGGGUCUUACUGUCAGGAGGAGAUCAAUGAGUGUGACUCAGCUCCAUGUCAAAAUGGAGCUGUCUGCAAGGACCUGGUGGGUUCUUAUCAGUGCCAAUGCACCAAGGGAUUCCAGGGACAAAACUGCGAGCUCAAUGUUGAUGACUGCAGGGCAAAUCCCUGUCAGAAUGGAGGGACUUGUCAUGAUUUAAUCAAUAAUUUCAGCUGCUCGUGCCCUCCUGGUACUGUGGGCAUUCUUUGUGAGAUCAAUCCUGAUGAUUGUGUACCUGGGGCUUGUCAUAAUAAUGGAACGUGUACUGAUAAGGUCGCUGGGUUUGAGUGCAAGUGCCCGCCGGGUUUUGUAGGCCCCAGGUGCGAGGGAGACAUCAACGAGUGUCUGUCGAAUCCCUGUGUGGCUCCAGGCACUCAGGAUUGUGUUCAGCUUGUUAAUAACUAUCACUGUAAUUGCAAGCCUGGGUACAUGGGACGUCACUGCGAGGCCAAAGUUAAUUUCUGUGAUAGCUCACCCUGUCAGAAUGGAGGAGUCUGCACUGCCAAACAGGCGGGACACACUUGUCUAUGUCCUAGUGAUUAUUAUGGUCAUAAUUGUGAAUUUGCUGGGUCUUAUUGUGAUACUGAUCCUUGUCUUCAUGGGGGCACUUGUGGUGUCGCUGCCACGGAGAUGGGGUACAGGUGCUACUGCCCUCCGGGAACCUCUGGCACUCAUUGCGAGAUCGAUAUCAAGGACGAGUGUGUAAGCAAUCCCUGUCAGCAGUCUGAUGCUAUCUGUCAGGAUCUUGUGGGGGAUUAUGCCUGCUCGUGUCCACCUAAGUGGACUGGCAAAAACUGUGAAAUUUAUGACAAAAACGGACGUGGGGGAAUCUUUGGAAGACCUGCAUCCAUUAUUCCUCAACGUGGAGAGAUUGAACAGGAUCUGGAACGUGAACGGAAGAAGUGUGUGGAGAACAGGUGUGAGGAGAAGUCCAGAAACCACAGGUGUGACGAGGAAUGUAACAGGUAUGCCUGCAACUUCGAUGGUAACGAUUGUUCCCUGGGUAUCAACCCCUGGAGAAACUGCACCGCGAGGAUUAACUGCUGGGACGUCUUCAUGAACGGCGUUUGCGACGAAGAGUGUAAUAACUCCCAGUGCCUCUUCGAUGGUCGCGACUGUGAGAAAAAACUCGAAAAGUGCAAUCCAAUUUACGAUGCCUACUGCCAGAAACACUAUGCGAACGGUCACUGCGAUUACGGUUGCGACAAUGAGGAAUGCAACUGGGAUGGAAUGGAUUGUGAGGAGGAGCCUCCAGCCCUGGCUGAGGGAGCCCUAUCAGUAGUCCUGAGGAUGGACAUGGCGAGUUUUCGAUCGAACGCUGUUGCCUUUUUACGACGCUUUGGCCACGAAUUGAGAACAACAUUACGAUUGAAGCAAGACGAGUUGGGGAACGACAUGAUUUAUCCCUGGAAGGGGUCAAGGGACCCUUCGAUGCACGGAUUCUUCGGCCGCCCGCAGAUGUACCCAGACAAUCAGAACGGAGUGAUCGUUUACCUGGAGAUGGACAACAGAAAGUGCUCUCUGACGCAAGGAGCUGUCUGCUUUCUUUCAGCAACUGAAGCCGCUGAAUACCUCGCAGCUACAGCCUCGAAACACACCCUCUCCGGGGAUUUCCCUAUCGAGGAGGUGCGAGGGGUAGUGGGACCGCCAGACUACUCGGAUUCUCCUACAAAUUACAAAUAUGUAUUCAUCGGUGUUGUAAUUGUAAUCCUCGGUGGGAUGUUAGUGGGAGUCCUGGUGACAGCCCAGAGGAAACGAGCAGUGGGUGUCACUUGGUUCCCAGAUGGUUUUCUGAGGACAUCCGCAGGGAGUGGACAGAGAAGAAGAUCGAGGAGACGAGGACCUGAUGGCCAGGAGAUGAGGAAUUUGAAUAAACAACCGUCAGUAAAUUGCAUGGAUCUGGACGUGGGGAAUGGCAGGGUACAGCAGUGGUCGGAUGACGAGUCUGACCUGCCACCUUCCAAAAGGAUGAGGGCCAUCGAGCCAGGAUAUGCCAGUGAUCACACAGCUGUGACUGAUUACGAGGAGACAGAGCCAAGAAUGUGGACACAGCAGCACCUGGAUGCAGCUGAGAUAAGACGUCCAGAGGCGGGUGUACUGACACCACCGAGUUUAGAGCACGGCCAGGAUAUUGAUGCCAGGGGCCCCUGCGGAAUGACACCACUGAUGGUCGCCGCGGUGCGUGGUGGAGGCCUAGAUACUGGAGAGGAGGAGGACGAGUCAGAUGGAACAGCUGCUGUGAUCUCAGAUCUUGUGGCACAGGGAGCAGAUCUCAAUGCCACCACCGAGAAGAGUGGAGAGACGAGUCUUCAUCUGGCUGCACGAUACGCCAGGGCAGACGCUGCCAAGAGGCUCCUCGAUGCUGGGGCUGAGGCCAAUUCCCAGGAUAACACUGGCAGAACACCACUCCAUUCUGCAGUGGCAGCUGACGCCAUGGGAGUCUUCCAGAUCCUCCUGAGAAAUCGUGCGACGAAUCUCAAUGCCAGAAUGCACGAUGGAACAACACCCCUAAUACUGGCAGCCAGGUUGGCCACUGAGGGAAUGGUCGAGGACCUCAUAAACGCUGAUGCUGAUAUCAAUGCAGCUGACAACAGUGGAAAGACUGCCCUCCACUGGGCGUCAGCUGUCAACAAUGUGGAUGCUGUGAAUAUUCUCCUCGUCCAUGGGGCGAACAGAGACGCCCAGGACGACAAGGAUGAAACACCGUUAUUCCUGGCAGCGAGGGAGGGCUCCUUCGAGGCCUGCAAAGCGUUGCUAGACACAUUUGCCAAUCGAGAGAUCACAGAUCACAUGGACAGACUGCCCCGAGACGUUGCCUCUGAGCGUCUCCAUCACGAUAUCGUCAGACUCCUCGACGAACACGUCCCCAGAUCCCCUCAGAUGGUAUCAGUGAUACCCAAUGGACCACUGAUGGGCUCACCCAAUCAUCCCCAACUGAUAACCCCUCCAACUGUGAUUGGCUCAGCGCCAAAACACUCAAAAGCGAAGAAACGACCGAAAGCUGGUGCCUGCAAUCCCAACAGUCCCGAGUCGGAGGGGGCUGUUACAGCGAGGCGAAAAGGCUCGGUGAAAAAAGUACCAGCAAAACGUGGUGCCCAGCCCCCAAACCAGGAGAUCCCUCAGGGAGCGGAGGGAGCAGAGGGCAAUCUACCGAGUCCCUACGACAGUGCAAGUUUGUACAGCAAUGCUCUCCCCCUCGUAGGCCACACAACAGCAAAACAGCCACCACCCUACGAGGAUUGCAUAAAGGGACAGACGAUGCAGGGCCUGCAACAGCUGGGCCUCGACACAUUCACAACUAAUUAUGGUUUGCCGAAUUUUCAUGACCAAUUGCUGACGCCACAUCAGCGUCAGACCCAGGGAAUGGUGAAUACGUUGUCGCCACCGUACAGUAAUCAGUCACCACCGCAUUCAGUGCAGUCCAACAUGACGUUGUCACCACAGGCGAGUUACAUGGGAUCGCCAUCACCUGCAAAGAGCAGGCCAUCACUUCCAACGUCACCAACGCAUAUUGCUGCCAUGAGGCAGGCGACACAUCAGAAACACGGGGGAAUGCCACCUGUGGGUUUUGACUUUGAUAAUCUACCGUACUCAGGCCAGCAGAUGCAGGCCAUGCAGCAGGGACAGAUGCAACAGCCACAGCAGAGCAAUCAGCAGUACUAUCAGUAUCUGACACCACCGUCUCAUCAUUCUGGGCCCGAUGUCACACCUCAGCAUCUCAUGCAGGCACCUGAGAGCUUCCCUACACCAUCUCCUGAUAGCCCUGGACACUGGUCCAGCAGUUCACCACAUUCUAAUAGUGACUGGUCCGAGUGCAUGGCUUCACCCAAUGCUUAUGGCACUGGCGGACAGCACCAAAGCAAUAAAGGCUCCGAGGCUAUCUAUAUUUGAGGGGCUCAGGGAUUCUCCAUGGGGAACAGGCAGGAUUUACCGAUUUUUUUUUUCAGGCGAGAAUCGAGAUUUUAGGGAAAUGAUGAUAAAGACCGCAAGGGUAAUUUUUUAUUUAGGUGGUAGGACAGUUUUUGAAGCUACGUUUGAAUCUCAGAAGGAUAAAUCAAUUUUUGUGGAGCUUUUUUCUUAGCUGUCGAUCCAAUUUCGAAAAAGGUCCUUAGGAACUCAGAGAACCUGUCGACUUAUUAUACUUUAUCUCUUCGCUACUGGAAUGUAUAUAACGUGGACCAAUUUCAUAUAUUUAGAAAAUAUAUGGUUUUUGUAUUAACUGAUUCUGAAUGUUUAAAAUAUAUCUUUAGAAAUAUAUAUUUUUUCUUGGUAGGGAAUUUAAAUUCAGUAGCUAAGUCAUGAAGUGAGAUGAGUCGAAUGUUUCUUAAUUAUCGAUUUCAGGCAGAGACUCAAAAUAGUAAUUCUUCAGAUCUAUUGAUAAUAACAUAUAAAGCCGUGACAAAAUUAAUUUUCUGUUCUAUUUCAAAAGUAUUUACUUGAAAUAUAAUUCUAAUUAAAUUCAAAGAAAUAUUAAAAUGAUUAUUUUCCAUUCUCGCUUGCCCUGAAAUUAAAAAAGUUUCUGCUGCCUUCACCCCGUGUAUGAAUAUCUCUUUAACAAAGACUUUUCAUAUUGAAUCAGAGACACGACGUACUCGUUUACUGAGACGUAUUGGAUUAGGAUAUUAUAUUUUUUAUAGAAAAAAACUUUGGAGUGGUACAAUUUUUGGAUUCGAGGUGCCUUCUACAUGAUAAGUGAUCAGCUUUUUCUAGAAUUUUUUGAUGGGCCUCUGGGUGAGAACAACCUGAGACGUUGUAAAUAAAUUCAGUCGAGUUCUGAAAAAAAGUUGGUGUAAUCGUGCUAGGGUUCUUGAAUUUAGAUUAUGUAAUAUUUCUAUUUAAUGUAGGAUAGCACGAUUGUAAUGUGUCUCUGAGACAAUUUAAGGGAUCGUUCGAAUAUUCUAAUCACCACUGCCGAGUAUUCGCUAGCAUACUGAUUUAAUUUUCAAAUACUCGAGGAAUUGUGGAUUGUGCCUUUGAAUUUACAUAAGUGAUAGUGCAGGGAGUAAAGAACGUUUGGUGGACAGGGACAGAGAAUUCCUGGGGUCUCCUCCGACUUAUUGUUCCAUACAGACAUUCCAAAAAAAAAAUAUUUCAUUGGAA